UAUUGGUGUCUCUUAAACGACAUUUUCUUGCCCUUUCUUGUGGACGCCAUGGUCGCAGAGGAGCAUGAGAUACCCAAUGGAUGGCCUCUCGGGCUUGGGAUUGUGAACAUUAGACUUAGAGUCGUGCAGAGCUUACCGGCUGCUGGAAUAGAGCCUCAUUCUUUGCACAUGCAAUCAUCCAGUUUCUCUUCAUUCUCAUCCUCCAACCUUGAUACUGAGUCCACAGCAUCCUUCUUUCAAGAUCAAAGUGUGUCGCUGGGUCGGCUAAUUGGACUUAGACCAGGUGAAAGAAGAAGCUUAUACAUGCCAAAAUCAAUCCCUUUCAAAGACCAUGAUACGAUAUCUAAAAGGGAUGCACCAUGUGAUGUCCCUAGAGGAGGAGGACAAAGAGUGCUGGAUAUUUUACAAGGAAUUUGCAUACCUUUACUAACUGGUGCGCUAGAAAAGAUUAGCCGAAGUAAGAGCAAGUCAAGAAAGUCAUGAUGAUGUUGUGGAUGGCAGGGCCAAUUAUCACAUGUUUGUUUGUGACAUGCAAGGGAAAUAAACUUCCACGACAUGGAUCAGUGUUGCUGUUGAUUUGUAUCUAGAAGAGCUCUCAUUUUAAUUAAUUUUACAAAUGAAAAUUGCUUUUCAUUAA